AUGUUGCCCUACAAGCUCAUCUACUUCAACAUGCGAGGGAGAGCUGAACUCUCCCGCUACAUACUAGCCUGUGCUGAGAUCCCCUUCCAGGACGACAGGGUGGAGUGGAAAGACUGGCCAUCCCUCAAGCCCCUUUCCCUUCAGCAGCUCCCGGUGCUGGAAGUUGAGGGGGUUGAGCUGAACCAGAGUCUGGCCAUUGCAAGGUUCUUCGCAAAAGAAGCAGGGCUGGCAGGGAACAGCAGGCUGGAAGAGGCCCAGGCGGACGCCUUGGUGGAGAGUCUCAACGACUUCACUCUCCUGAUUCCCUGGAGGGAGGAGGACCAGGCGCUCAAGAAACAGAAGAUUGACGAGCUCUUCGACUGCUACAUGCCCAAGCUGUUGAGCUUCCUUGAGAAGCACCUGAGGGACAGAGACUGGCUGGUGGGAAAUGCGAUGACCUGGGCGGACCUGUACUGGCAUGUCUGCUUCACCACCUGCAGCGUCCUGCGGCCGGGGUUCGCCAGUCAGAGCCCGGGUCUGUCUGCGCUCAUCGACAGGGUGGGGAGCAUCCCGCAGCUGGCCCGCUGGAUCCAGGGCCGGCCCGCCAGUGAAUUUUAG